AGGAGGAGGAGGAGGAGGAGGAGGAGGAGGAGGAGGAAGAGAAGAAGAGUGAAGAUGGACGGUGAGAGGAGUAGGAAGCAUAAGAAGAGGAGGAGGAGGAGGAAGAGGAGGAGGAGGAGGAGGAGGAGGAGGAGG